CCGUGGCCGGGAGCCGCCAGUCCGGGACUCCCAGCUCCCCAUCCCACUCGCCGGGUUCCUUCUCAGCGCAGCCCAGCUCACCAUGGUGGACGCCUUCGUGGGCACCUGGAAGCUAGUAGACAGCAAGAAUUUCGAUGACUACCUCAAGUCUCUGGGUGUGGGCUUUGCUACCAGGCAGGUAGCGAGCAUGACCAAACCUACCACAAUCAUCGAGAAGAAUGGGGACAUUAUCACCAUAAAAACACACAGCACCUUCAAGAACCUGGAAGUCAGCUUUCAGCUGGGGGUGGAGUUUGAUGAGACCACUGCCGACGACAGGAAGGUCAAGUCCAUUGUGACGCUGGAUGGAGGCAAACUUAUCCACGUGCAGAAGUGGGAUGGGCAAGAGACGACGCUUGUACGGGAGCUAAGUGACGGAAAACUCAUCCUGACACUCACCCAUGGCAGUGCAGUGAGCGUUCGAACCUACGAGAAGGAGGCAUGACCUGCCCACGCCAUCAUGGACUGCCCCUCUGCCAACUGGCUACCCACUGACUCAGCACCGCAUUGCCUCAUUUUUUUUUCCCUCUGGCAUUUUGUAUAAAUCCACUUUGGUUGGGGAAUUCUUUGGGUCAGUGGCACCAGCCUAGAUCCAGUUCCUCUUCCUACUGUGUAUAUGAUUUUUUUGUUUUCUAAAUGAUAUCCAAAGGGUACACUGAAGUCAAUAAAGCAGAGCGAAGGCCA